AUGGUCAGAGCGCAAAAGGAAAGAAAAAAAACGCCACAUUUUACGCGUUACGCACCGGAGUCCCAGCAGAACCUGUUCGGGUGACGAAGGGUUAAGUUUUCGAAAGAUGACAAGUCCUGAGAAUUUAUUGUCCUGGUGCUGCAUUCAGGUGAUGCAGGGAAAAUUGGAGACACAAACUCCCCGUUUUUAUUUUGCAGCUGAAAUCAGCUUUCUUGUGAUCUCAGACUUUUACGCACAGGCCGCACGGAUCGUAAACAUCACCAGGCCAAGAGAAUCAUCCAUCCAAACUUUUACCUAAUUGAUGCUAAAUCAUUAAUCAAAAUCAGCAAGAUAAUUAAUUAUAAGAAGCCUUGUAGAUAAACAAGUCGCUCCCCUGUUUAUUAUGUUUUUAAGUUGAACUGAGUGUGUGUGGUUGCAGCCUGUGUGUCAGUUCAGCCUCCUGUGAAAAACUUCCACCAAACUUUUCUUGAACUUUUUCCCACCCGGCUGAAAGCAGCAUGACGUCGUUUACAGUGGCCAAUCGUGAAACGGCUUUCCUCCUCUCUGAGCCAAUGGGAGGCGACGAGGAGUGCCUGUCAGUCACAGGUGAGGGUGGAUGGUAGAAAAAAAAGUGGGUGAAAAGGGCCGGAGACUGGAGAGAGCCCGGGCUGAUGGCAGAGCUAUGCGGAGGAGAAGCAUCGCGCCUGCGGAUGUAGCAGAAACUUUCCACGGCUUCUCCCGCGGGGAUGCGACCAGGAACCAACACUGGAGGGAAGAAAAGUUAAGCGACAGCAGCGCUGCACGGAGGGAGUAGCCUAAAAUGUGGAUGAACUGACAUUCCCUCCUCUAUCCGGGCCGGUUAAUCACUCCACUAGAAAGAACUUCGCUUUUUUGAAAAAUGGCCGUUCGUGGCAACUCGCUGAUGCCUUUCUCGAUCCAAGCCAUCCUGAACAAAAAGGACGACAGUCGACACUUGCCAGAUUUGGACAUGUGCUUCUCCAAGACGGCGUGCUGGAAAAUAUUUGGGGAGAUGAACGGCGGCUCCCGGAGGGAUAACGCGGAGGCUUGCGAGCCGACGGACCAGAAAAGCUACGACUCGGACUCGGGACUGAGCGACGACAACGACAGCAAGACGGCGGCCGCGUGCAAGUCGGAGAAAGACGGAGACGCUGCGUCGGAUGUGCCGGAGGAGAGUCUGCAGGAGGAGACGGACCACGAGUCCGCAGCUGCGGAGAACACGAAGAGUGACAGCGAGCCCAACAAUGCGACGGACUCCAGCACCCUGGACGAGAAGAGCCUGGACCAGCCCAAGCAGCGGAAGAAGCGCUCGAGGGCCGCCUUCUCUCACGCGCAGGUCUUCGAGCUGGAGCGCCGCUUCAACCACCAGCGGUACCUGUCCGGGCCGGAGCGCGCAGACCUGGCGGCCUCCCUGAAGCUCACAGAGACUCAGGUCAAGAUCUGGUUCCAGAACCGGCGCUACAAGACGAAACGCCGCCAGAUGGCCGCGGACCUGAUGGCGUCGACUCCCGCGGCCAAGAAGGUGGCGGUGAAAGUUUUGGUGCGGGACGACCAGAGACAGUACAGCCCGGGAGAGAUCCUGCGGCCCCCGCUGCUCUCCCUGCAGCCGUCCUACUAUUACCCGUACGCGUACUGCCUCCCUGCAUGGACACUGUCUGCGUGCGCGGGGAACCAGUGAGAACUCGCUGACUGUAUUUAUUCAAUUUUUUAUUAUUUUUACUCCCAGGAAAUCAAACUAACUCUAUAUUUUCUGACAAGAGGAGGAGACCGGAGGGGGGCUGAACCUACAGCUCCUCUGCCUCACCGAGUCCUCCAGGCCUGACCAGGGCUCCCCAGACUUUUUUAUUCACAUCCUCAAAUAAUCAAACGACUCCAUCUUUCAUAUAAAACGAGUCUGCCUCGAGGAACCCGGUUCAAGAAGACAUUUAUCCUGCGUAGACUCUGAAGUCUGACUGGACCUCCUCACAAAGUUGUCAGUAUGUUGACCUCUGAGGAGCGACACACUCAUAACACUAAAGUAUUCCUCUCUUUACUCGGGAGCCCCUCAAGGACCUCUGAAGCCCCCCGGACCCUCACUCUCAGGGCCAGGCGGCCUUCAACUGACUGAAAAUGUCACCUUAUGUUGGUUUAUAUUUGACAUGCGCCUUCCUACCUCUGCAGUGAUUGGAAACAGGCAUAUUCCAUUGAUUAUCAUUCAAAGCUGUCUCUGUUACAGGUUGUGUUAUUUUUGUUUUUCUUGCUGUGUUUGUAAAGGUAAGAUUAUUUCAGCACUUUUGAGCAUUUAUGUUACAUUAUUUCAUUGUUUAAAAAAAAACCCAAACAAAGCAAAUAAGCGUUACCGUGUGGACAGAGUCGAGUUUUUUCUUGUGUUAACGGCCGUAAGGGAAGCAGGCUAAAACAGACCAACUUCUAAUUGAAAUGUACUUGUGUUAUUUGUGUUAAAUGACUGUUUAGAACGAAAAACAUUAAAACAUAUCAGGCAUUAUAUCUUCA